GUCACAAGUAAGAACGGUGGGGGGGGGGACCACACCUGGUAUUAUCUUGUUAUCUCUCAGGUAUCCUCUAUUAUCAGUCACUCUCUGCUCCAGCCAGCCACCACCAUGCCGAGUGUAGCCAGCAUCGCUACUAUUGUCAUCAAAGUUGUCAAACUGAUCAUCAACUUCAUAAUACUGUUGAUGUACCGGUUUGGCUAUGGAGGCGCUUUCCUCGGAGUGGGAGGAACCUGGAACCUAAAUGAGGAGAAGAAUCCUGAUGCAGAAAUCAUUGCAUCGGGAGUGUUUGUAGGAUUCUUCAUCUACACAACUGUCAUUCUCAUCUCUUACUGCUUUGGCACAACAGCACAGAAACGCACCUUAGUGGACAUCAUAAUGAACUUCACGGGCACAGUGUUGUUUGUGGCAGUAGGAGGUGUGGCCCUGCACUACUGGACAGGAUACCAGAACGAGCACAAGUACGUGACAGUGAGUAGCGAGAAACAGAUCGGCAUUGCGGUGGGUUGCCUGUGUAUCGUGUCAGGAGCCAUCUACCUGGUCGACACAGUAUUAUCCUUCAUACACUUUGCCAAGGACUUCGACUUCAAGUGAUCACAGUUAAGAAACUAAGUGGUUAGAGAUAAUCUUACAACCCCUACAAACUGUACCUCCUGCAAAUUUAGUGUAGUUUCAUGCAUGUCAUGUAUAAUACAACAUGAAAGUUAAACAAGCUUAUGUACAUAAUAAUGGUAUUUUACAUAAAAAAAUCAAAAAUAUUCA